AUGGUACGAACCAGCGAUCAUAUUCACUUCCCUCGCCAUGUUGAGCGCAUCCGUCGACCAAACGGCCCCAGCGGAUACAACGACUCAUUGGGAAGGGCUGUCUUGAUAGACAUCGUCAACUAUUUCGCAGAUGUCGUUGACAUUAUCGAUGAUAUCAAACUGCCCAAGCAACACAAGGACCGAACAAGACUCAAGAACGACAAAAAGAAGCUGUCCGAGACAAUCGUGAGGGGUGCAAAUACCUUUUCGGCUCUCUUCAACUCGGCCAAAGGCCAAGCCAAGUACACAGAUAUCGCUCCCAAAAACUUACCAGUAUACCGGGACGAGAUCAACAGCCAACUACUAUACCCACUGUCGAAAGCCAAGUCAAGCCUCGGUCGAUCGUUCUCAUUCGUCCCAUAUCAACAAAGACUCAUGGUCAUCCUACAACAUAUUGAGGCCGAGAUAUGCUGGUGGCUCAAGAUUCCUCGCCCUGGUAUAGCCUACGACAAAGGGUUGGUUAAUACCACCAAGGUCUCUGGCAAAGCCUCGACAGUACAUAGCCACGGCAAAAGCCCAAAGCAAACAUAUGAAAAGGCUUCAACAACACACACCAAUGCCACCAGCAAGUCCCACGGCCAGCGUCCAGCACAAAGCGGCAAGGCUCAUGACCAGCGAUCACAAAGCGGCAAGACUCAUGAUCAACGACCAUCAAGACCUACUCAAUCUAAGGUAGGGCAACAAAAACAGAGGAGAAGCUCUUCCCCGGCGGAAAAGUCAGGUGGUUGCGCGGUCAUGUAG